AUGAAUAACAUCAACCCCACGUCCGGCUUUCUACCGGGUAUCUUUGGACAUCGGAGAGGCAAAUCCAAGACUGGAGCAACAGCUGCAGGUGAAGACGACAAAAUGCAUGGCCCGAAGCCGAGCUCCUUUUUCAUGAGGAUCCCAAACAAGCCGCGAAACCAUUUCAUUGCCAUGGCCGGCGAAUUUGUCGGCACGUUUCUCUUCCUCUUCUUCGCCUUUGCCGGUACUCAGGUGGCUAACACUCCUCAAACUGUUGCUGGAAACACGAGUACAGACCUUCCUCAAGGGCCGAAUCCCAUUCAGCUCCUCUACAUCAGCUUGUGCUUCGGGUUUUCUCUUGCUGUCAAUGCUUGGAUUUUCUUCAGAAUCUCAGGCGGUCUCUUCAAUCCUGCUGUCACCCUCGGUCUCUGCCUGAUUGGCGCCAUCCCUUUCAUUCGAGGGGGCCUUGUCUUCAUUGCACAGAUGUUAGGGGCAAUGGCGUCGGCCGGAGUUGUCAAAGCACUUUUCCCAGGACCUCUAGCUGUUACAACAUCUCUUAGUGGGGGAACAAACCAGGCACAAGGAGUCUUCAUUGAGAUGUUCCUCACCUCCCAACUAGUUUUCACCAUCUUCAUGCUGGCUGCUGAGAAGCAUAAAGGGACAUUUCUCGCCCCCGUGGGGAUUGGAUUAUCUCUCUUUAUUGCCGAGUUGGCUGGCGUGUACUACACCGGCGGAUCUCUGAACCCUGCUCGAAGCUUCGGUCCUUGUGUCGCUAAUCACGAGUUCCCAAGUGAACAUUGGAUCUACUGGGUUGGUCCUCUGCUAGGUUCGCUGCUCGCAGCUGGUUUCUUCUGGUUCAUCAAGAGCUGCGAAUAUCAAACUGCAAACCCUGGACAAGACUUCGAUGACCUCGAAGCCUCUGCAUAUAACCCUGAGGAAGACCUGACCCGCCCUGUCGUCAGUCCAACCGCGGUCAUACCUGACCGUACCUUGUCCCGUACAUCACGAACUUCCAAGGACGACAGACCUGGUUCUCGCCAGGCAGUUCGAGUAGGUUCCGGAGCGACAAACACAACUCUAGGCAAUGAUACGAAUGGCAAUGCCACAGUUCGCGACAGGACCACUAUACCGACUCAAUCUGGUACCUGA